AUCAAUCUUCCCAUGAACACAUCUCAACUAGACCAUCUCCGACCGCUGCUACCCUGCCCGCGCGUCGACGACUCUUUUGCUCGCUUUUCCGCAACUAACUACGACCCUACAUAUCGUUGCUUCGCCUCAUCUGGUUGCGCCUAAAUACCUUGUCUCGAAAGACUUCGCCAUGACUUCCAUCAACGCCAAACCCUCCUUGAAGCUCAAUACGAGCCAGCAGGACAUGCCUCCUCCGUCCACCAUCGCCGCAACUCCUGCGACUGAAAAUCCACGGCCGAUUCUGAAGCUUAACACAAGCUCGAGGCAAUCGUCUUUCAGCGGCGAUCUACUCCCUACGCCUUCUACAGAGAAGAAGAUCAAGAUCAAGAUCAAUAGCCAACCGGGUACACCGGCGCCGACCAUCGCCUCCCAGACUCCUAGUGCUAUGAAGACAAAGGCUGGGCGCACCUCCAAACCAACGGCAAAACUCGCAGAUUCCAAGAAACGCGGCUACGAUAGUGACGAAGAUACGCCGCUUUCGGUCUCCCGGGCUGAAUCCCGCCCAAGCAAGACUAUCAAACUCACCCAUAAAACCACACAUAAAAUAAAACCCUCUCCCGCUACCCCCCAUUCAGUCAGUACACCUAUCAACGCAAUCAGAUUUAAACCCAAAGGAGAGCCCAUUACCCACAGGCCCGGUGACGCGUAUGACUCCGAGGCUAGUGAUCGCGAACAGGAUCCCCAGCGCGAGAGUAACUUCAUACUCCGGGUUAUGGAUGGUGAACCUGCGCAGUAUCUGAAAAAGGCAUUGACUGAUGGUACAAUCGGCCAACCAAAAGCCAACGGCGGUGCAGAUUUUUCUGUGCAAUUUGUUGACAGCAGAGAACGUCGAGCGAUGGUGACCAUCAACGGCAUCAACUAUGCAGCUGUCUUAGUCCAGCUCCCAACAAUUACUGAGGCUAUGAAGACUUGGGAUCGCCGAAGCAUGAUGAAGAACUCAGAUGUAACCGAGAUGUUACUGUGUUUUGCCGUGGUUAGCAGCGAGCUGGAAGCUAGAACAAGCCAGUUGCCACCUAUGGUAAUGAAGAACGAACUCAAGUGGCCCCAUGGCAUCACACCUCCCAUGCAUGAUGCGCCAAACCGGCGAUUCAGGAAGACGUUGUCGGAGAAACAGUGGGAGCGUACACAAAACCUAGUGGCCAAACUCCUAGAAGACGAUGCGGCGGCAGAGGAAGUUCGAACGGAUUUAAUCAUGGACGAGGAUGGUUACCCUACUGAUGAUGAGGAGGAUGCUGAAGGCGAACUUGAGGUGGACGAUUAUUUUGGCGAUCAGACGCAACAAGAUAUGGAAAUGGAUGCCGAAGCGGAAUUGGAAGAAGAAGAUCUAUUAAGAGAAUUUUUGGCCGACGACGAAGAGCUUGGUGGUGCUACACCUGCGACACAACUAGAGGCGCCUACACCUAUGACUAAUGGUGCAACUACACCUAUGCCUCUGCAAGAAGAACAGGUCUCUGAAGAAGAUGAAGAGGAGGAAGAAGAUGUUUCUGAUGAAGACGAUGAUGAUGACGAGGAUGACGACGAGGGCGGCCACGACCGAGAACGCAAGCAACAGCUCAGUCAGCUUCACGAGCUCCAGAAGCAACUAGAGGAGCUUGAGGAGAAACUCAAGACUACAGCAAUGCCGCUCAUCAUCAAACGUCUCACUUCAAGUAUUGAGAGCACCAAGAAGGAGAUUAGCGUCAAGAAAGCCGCUCUUGGUUUAACAGAAGAGGACUAGGAGAUCUUCGUGGCCGAGCAGAAGCGUACUGAAGCGUUAGAGAAUCUUAGGGGGAUAC